UGAGGGGCGGGUCCUCCGGAGCGCGAGCCCCUCCCUGGCCCCCCUCUUGUCUCCUCUGCGCUCUGCUUCGCCUCCGGAUUUGUGAGCAACUCUUAAUCCUAUAGACAGAACCUGGCAGAAGACUACAGGAUUCCUUCCGAUCUCUUGGAGGCUUCCUGAGAGCACCGCUGGAUGAGCAAGACAGUUCCCAGCUGUCCUUCCGCUGGAGAUGGAGAGCUGGGUGAGGGAAUGUGCAGCAGAGACCAGUUCCCAGGCAGUGGCCCUGGCCGGAGGUUUCCUCUUGAGUCAGGCGGAGGAGAGAAAGCAGGCAGAGCAGCAGGCAAAGGAUUCGUUUGCAGAAAUGGACCCUGAUUCCUCGGACGCAGAGAAGACUCUGUUGGACACCAAAGGGAGGCCGCUGGGUGACAGAAGGAUGCCCCCAAGACCUCCUCCUCCAUCUUUGCACGAUAACAGAGGAGAAGCAGCAGCUGUGGAAACAGAUCUGGGUCCUCUGUGCUUUGUAGAUGUCGCUGUGUAUUUCACAGAGGAGGAGUGGGCGUUGCUGGAUCCUGACCAGAGAGCUCUGCAUAAGGAAGUCAUGGAGGAGAAUCGUGCGAUUGUGGACUCUCUCAGUGGUGAAGGAUUGGAAUUUAUGAACAACGGAGACAUUCGCACAGUAGGGAAGCUGUAUAAAUAUUUGGAGUGUGGAAAGAGUUAUAGUCAGAGCUCUUAUUCCACUUCCCAUAAAAUAAAUUCCAUUGGGAAGAAUCGCUAUCAGUGCUUGGAAGGUGGUAAGACGUUUCGUCAGAAGAAAUGUCUCACUUUCCAUCCAAGAACUCACAGCAGGGAGAAACCACAUGAGUGCAUGGAAUGCGGAAAGAGCUUCAGUCAAAGGUCCAAACUCAUGACCCAUAAAACAAUUCAUACGGGAGAGAAACCGUAUCAGUGCUUGGAAUGUGGAAAGAGCUUCAGUCAGAAAGCCAAUCUCACGACCCAUCAAACAAUUCAUACGGGAGAGAAACCAUAUCAGUGCUUGGAAUGUGGAAAGAGCUUCAGUCGGAAGGUACAUCUCACUUCCCAUCAAACAGUUCACCAUGAUGAGAGACCAUAUCAGUGCUUGGAAUGUGGAAAGAGCUUCAAAUCAAAGAGAAGUCUCACUUUACAUCAAAUAAUUCAUACAGGGGAGAAACCAUAUAGGUGCCAGGAAUGUGGAAUGAGCGUCAGAUGGAAGAAAAGUUUCACAUUCCAUCAAAGAAUUCAUACAGGUGAGAAACCAUAUCAGUGCCAGGAAUGUGGGAAUGGCUUCAAAUCAAAGAGAAGUCUCACUUUACAUCAAAUAAUUCACCGUGAGGAAAAACCAUACCAGUGCUUGGAAUGUGGAAAGAGCUUCCGUCAGAAAGGCCAUCUCAUGACUCAUCAAAAAAUUCAUACAGGAGAGAAACUACAUCAGUGCUUGGAAUGUGGAAAGAGCUUCAGUCGGAAGGCCCAUCUCACUUCACAUCAAACAGUUCACCAUGAGGAGAGACUACAUCAGUGCUUAGAAUGUGAGAAGAGCUUCAAAUCGAAGAGAAAUCUCACUUUACAUCAAAAAAUUCAUACAGGGGGGAAACCCUAGAAGUGCUUGGGAUGUGGAAAGAGCUUCAUGCAGAGGUCUAAGAUGACAAUCCAUCAAAGAAGUCACAGCAAGGAGAAUCAUAGUAUUUGAAGAUGGCUGACACAUCUCCUCCUAAUCUCCUCUUUUCAAGGCCAAACAUACCAAACUGAGACCUCUGGGUAUAGGGCAGUAUAUCAUUUUGAUCUCCCUUCUCUGCACGUGUUCCAGCUUGACAAUAUCCUUCUUUUAUUGUGGCCUCCAGAACUGGACCCUGUACUCCAGGUGUGUUCUAACCAAGGCAGAAGGGAGUGGUAAUAUUUCUUCUGAUGAUCAAGAUGCCAGAUGUCUGUUGAUGCAGCCUAAAACAGCAUUAGCUUAUUUUGCUGCUGCCUCACAUUGUUGACUCGUGUUAAUCUUGUGGU